GAUCGUAAUUUGACGCGGUGGCCAGCAUCUUUGCGGUCACAGCCAGGAUAUCAGACUUUACACACACAGACAGCGCGACGGUAGAAGUAAGACAUUGAUCCGUCUUUGUUUCCCGGUAGAAAGCCAAAGCACCCUCCCUGGCAGAGGGUCCAUGGAGAGCGGAGCCCUGCUUGUGCGCACCCGGGGCAGCUUGAUCGGAUGCCGCCGUUAGCUGUUCUCCACUCAACAUUAAUUGGUUGACCGAUGGCUCCCAAACAUGAGCUCUUUCCCAUAAGCGAAGGCGCCGGCGGCGGCCACGGGGUCGGGCGGAAAAAGAUUCCCAAAGGGCAAUUCUUGCCGUGUCUUGUGGCGCGGAACCUGGAUGCGUGGACGCCGAGACGGGAGAGGAGGACGCGGGCGUUGGGCGGGAUGCUGGCCCGGUGCUUUGUGACCGUCGGGACGGUGCUGAUGCUGACGAUCCAGGUCUCAUUGGCUGCUGAUGAUGAGGUUGACCACCGUGACCUCAGGAGGCUGUCUGUCUUGCGAGUGGAUCCCACUGUACCCAUCUUAAGAACCUGGGGGACUAGUAAUAGAAAGAAAGGGGUCACGGAAGGGACUGCGCCACGCCAAGUAUUGACUGAAUCCGCAAGUUCAGCGUGGAAUGAAUCCAAACGAAGAGUUGCUGCUGGUGGAGACAGCCAGGUCCUCUCAGAAACUGGAAUCCUGAGAGGAAACGGGGCUGAAGUCAGACCGGCAGACACAAAGCAGCAAAACCUGCCAGGCUCACCGAGAGACUCAGCUGCCUGGCUCAAGCAGGCGAUCGGAGAGGACCAAGGAGGACAUGCGGUCCUCCCAACGGUGGCGCACACAACGGACCCACCAGCAGUGGGAAAGCCUUUAGGACUGCUGUCAAAGGCUGCUUGGACCAAAAUCUCCUCUCCGUCAUCAUCCAAAUUCUCCUCUUCUUCAAGCUCUACACCUAAAACGUCCUCUUUAACUUCCUUGUCCACAUCUUUAUCCUCCACUCCAGCCAUCAAACGUGACGUUCAGACAGCGAUGCCAGAUGCUAUCUCUCCUCUUGAUGUCAGCAGUACCUCUUUAGACAGUAACAGCACCACCAGUCUUGAUGUCAUCCGAUCUACCGAGGCGUCAGUGAGCAACCCGCCAGCCUGGGAUCUCCCCACAGUUCCCGAGUCACUCUUGUCCACAAUUGGUGACCAUGACAUCGCACUUCCAGCAAAUGUCACCAGCCCUUUCUCCACCCAUCAAUGGAACACCACUGUGCCCGUGCGCACUAGAACUUCUUCUCAGAACGCAACAAAAAAUACCACAAGCAUGCCGUCAACCACCACCGCCUCCAGCACCGUUCUGAGAGCAAAUACACAACUGGUGUCUACUGUGGCUUCACUAACCGCAAGCCUGGACAAUUCGACCGAAGACGGUGUUCAGGUGGAAACCCUGAAAGCAACUAAGUCCUCAGGGACCGUUUCAACUGUGAGCACCCUUGCCGUAACAGCGCCAGUGGUAACCACCGGUGUUACCGUCGCACUUUCCACAAAUGUCACGGACUCUGUAACCAUUCAGCCAUCAUCGAGUCUCAAACCAACCACUGAAGCGACAGCUCAGCCUGCGACAACCACCGCCGCCUCUACAACAACAACCUCACCCACUUGGACACCCGCUCCAUCCACCACGAUAAUUACUACGACCACAACUGCUAGCACUACUCCAGAUAUCACCACGACUGCCGCCACUACUACUACUACUACCAUAGCAACGACUGCACCACCGAGGGUAGCGGUGACGGUGUUUAUCCCAGCCCAAACUGUGCCACUUACAACUACAACUACGGAAUGGCCAAAGAGCAUUACUACAGAGGAAAGUCCUUUACCGUGCAACAUCACGGAGAAGUACUGGGUCAAAACAGUUUUGUCCAUUGAGAUUCGGAAGAACCAACUCGAUCUUGUCCUAAAACAGAAUCUAGCAAAAGGAUUAAGUCGCGCCCUGCAGAAAGCCCUAAAUGACUCCACUGCUUAUGCACAGGUGGAACGUGAUGAAAGCAGCCCACACAAUGCGACACUAGUUUACUAUGUGGCUGGUGUCCAAACCGUCUACAUUUCCUCCGUUGUGGUUGAGUCGCUUAGUGUUUAUGGCUUCGACAAGCUGCUGUCUGACAUCAGGCAGCACACACCAUCGGUUAAGGCAGUUCUGAUUCCCGUGGCAACGUGGGUGCCUACUCCAAGUAUUCACCUGCAGCUGAAAACAGUGUUGAGAUUUGUUGGCCCCACAGACAACAUCUACUCUUGCAGUUUUGUCCAGAUGCUCGAACAGAGACUGGAGAGCGCCUUUGAUGAGGCUCAGGACAAAGUGCUCGAGACCUACAGCAAGCUCACCGUGGAGAUCCAAAGUGUGGCGCAGGAACCGGAUUCUCCAUCGGUCUCGCUGGUGUAUGUGGUCAAGAACCAGGACACAGAACUCAACGGAACCAUCUCCAGCGGCCUCCUCAACCAGCUCACUGCUGAAUUAGUGGGCUACUUUCUGUUCUACCCGCCUCUGGUCAUCGCCGAGCCUCUUGAAUACCACAAUCUCAACACGUCCACUGCAACCAGGAUCUAUUGGGUUAUAACAGUGAUCCAGGAUGUGGACAGGUCUUCUCUGGAGGCAAACUACCAGAGCUUUGCUAGCCUAAUGGAGCAGCGGCUGGCAGAGCUCUUCCAUGUGGCCGGUCGGCAGGGAUCUCAAACAAUGCGAUCCAAGCGUGCGACAACCGUGGGGGGUUACACUGUACAGAUGGUAAGCAUGCGUCGGCUGCCUGGUCCAAAGAACCCGGCGGAGAUGACGUAUUACGCACAAAUGAAUGGCGCGCCCAUCACUGGAACCGCAGCGGCCAAGACGCUAAGCAGUCUGGACUCCCAGACCAUGGCGCUGACUCUGGGUUACUUUGUGCAAGUGCAGGCUGAACCUGUGGUGAAGAUGCCGCCGAGCAACUUGUGGAUCAUGGCUAUCCUCACACCGCUGUUCUUGCUGAUGGUGGUCAUCGGCAUGGUGGUCUUCAUUCUUUGUAAGAGGAACAGGGUCAUCUUUAAAGCUGGUGCCUUCAGGACCUUCAAAAGGCGCUCCAAGACCUCAUAUCGGCGAGAGGGCAGUUACCACCACCAGCCUGUUCAGGGCUUUGACUACGCCAAGAAGCACAUGGGUCGAACUGGUGAUGAGACCAUCUCUUUAAAUAAGGACACUUUAGUUCUGGGAUUGCCUGUGCGAGAUGCCCCGCUGUCAAUGUCAUUGGAUAAGAAGGUCUACCAGGAUGGGAGUGCCAACAAGAGGCCACCGUCUGCUGACAUCCACAAAGGAGGGCGGUUGCCAAGCGAGGAUGGUUCAAUGUCGAGUAACAGCUCCGGGAAGCUGAACGCCAGCAAGAGCUCCUCGGCCCGAAAGACAGCCACUGGUAGCAGUUGCAAGAAUGGAAAAGAGGAUCUGUACAAAAGGAGCGCCAAUGACCCAUACGAUGAUCAUACAGGCUCUCUACGGCUCAUCACCAUCAAACCCAUGACAGCUCAGCCAACUUACUCCUACCCCUCAUCCUCCUCCCACAGCCAAGACUCAGUGAUCCUGAACGGGGAGGCCAAUCAUGUGUUGAAGCAGAAGUCGGACAUUGAACACUACAGGAACAAACUACGCCAGAAAGCCCGCAGGAAGGGUUACGGAGAGUUCUCCCUUUCGGAGGGUGGCAGCCACGGUUAUGGUCACGGCCGGCAUAGUCGGCAUGACAAUGGAGUCAAGGAACCAAUGACCGCUGAGGAGAAGAGGGCCUCCUUUGCUGGAUGUCAUAAGAGGUACUCCCACCCAAGGGAGCCCACCUAUUGGAGCAGGCAGUCCCUGAGCAGCCCUAGCCCCGUGGAGACAGAAAUGGACCUUCUGGUUCUUCGAGAGAGAGCAAGACGAGGCAUCCGCAACAACGGUUACGAUGGUGAACCAGAGCCAUUUGAGGAAACCAAUGUUGACCAUCUCAUCAGCUCUCUUGGCUAUGGAGGUGGAUCUACCGGCACAGGAAAUGGUAGCCUUGGGGUGAAGGCUCACCGCGGCUCUGACUCCUCCACACUUAGCUCUCAGCCAUCCAUUGACGACGUUCGCACACAGAUGCAUAUGUUGCUUGGCAACGCCUUCAGCCUGGCUCCCCCGGACCAUGACCCACCUUCCCCUCCUACCAACAGGCGCCACCAUCACCACCACCACGUCCACAGCGCCUAUAACCCGUCUCAUACCAGCCACUACAGUGAUGGAGUGACGAGUGCCCCUGGGACCAUGAACCAUCCCUGUGGAAACAGGCAGAGAAGCCUGGGCUAUGAGGAUUUGCACCAGUGUAGCCUGCCAAAACCUGGUUUCCGGUUUACACAGCUCCCUGAUAUGGGCAUCGGGACUCCCCCACCGCUGGUCCCCUCAAGACCAGGACCUCCCCCUGGACCUUCACUUCGACGUUCGACUCCCGAUGUUAGCCUGAAGCCUCGGGUGUCUGAGGCCUCAGAUCUGCAUGACCAACAGCACAACGGCGCCCCCUACCUGCCACAAUCUAGGACCACCUUCCCGGCUGUUACUGUUGAUCAGUCCAUCAGCACCUACUCAGGAAACCCAAUAACAGCAGUGUAUGCUAUAUCAGCUAACCAUCCAGGCUACUCGGACUACUUCGUCAUGUCACCACCAUCUUCGUACCGUAGUCCUUCCUGGAUGUCCUACCCUCCUGAGCCAGAAGAUCUUCCACGGCAGUGGAGUGACCCGCCUCAGAGCUCACGCCACCUCGAAACCAUCUGCUGAAGGCCCACCACCAUCCCCAAGCGGAAGCAAUCAGUAGCUCUGUGUCUGUUUGGGUGGAAGGAUGCCCUCUCUCUCUCUCUCUCUCUCUCUCUCUCUCUCUCUCUCUCUCUCUCUCUCUCUCUCUCUCUCUCUCUCUCUCUCUCUCUCUCUCCCUCUUCCUGGAUCCCGUCUCAAUUUGUUCUUCACCAUUGGACCGCCGUCCUCCCACAGACUUUGUCCCUUUAUCCAUCUGCCCAGCUCUGCUUGCUGGACCUACAGCCCCCGAGGCCUUUGUCAUCAAGCCUUUGCUAAAACUGAUCCGCUCCAUAUGUCCCCUCACCUGGUCACAGAUCUAGCAGCCAUAUUUCUCUGCUCCCUGAGCCCCUGACCUCACCGGGCCCACGGUGGGUCACUUCUGAAAUAGCCUGGCGACUGCGUGGUGAACAUUGUACAGUAAAAGUCCCUCACAUUACUAUAUGGAGCGUGAAUGGAGUGAAGCAGUGCCUCUCACAACAGACCUGUAGCGUGAGCCUUCAUUGGUCACAUGGUAACCGUCACAUGGCCAGCACGACACAGCACAAUCUGCUCCAUCGUCAGUCCGGUUGUGGACCAGUCAAGACCACAAAUGUACCGGUAAUCGGUUAUUGACUUGACCCACGCUCAUCUGGACCAUCCUGGACUUGACCCUGAAGUCCACCACACAGCCAGGAAAGUCAGGCUGGAAUAAAACUCUGUUUCUUUCUUUCUUUCUUUUUUUUUUUUAUUGAGUCCAAAUGUCUUUGUGAAACUUCUGCCGCUGGUUAUUGUGUGUUUUAAACUUAAGUGAGAGAAAUCAAAAGAAAAAUAAGACAGAAAAAAAAAACAUUGUCUUGAUUGUCUCGAUUUUGGGUUUUAGAUAUGUGCUUUUUGUCUUUACAUUUGUGCAAUUGGUUAUUGUAUUAAAGUGAGUGUUUACUCACUCACUGUAUUUCAAGGCAAAAAAAAAAAAUCUUUAAAACAGAACAACGGCAGCUUUGUGGUCCACAUUUCUGUACGAAAAGAGUCAUUAUUUUUUAUUUCUCUGAGUGAACAGUGAAAACAUGAAUUACACACAAAGCUCUGUCUGUCAUUUGCUUUUGAAGAUUUGUCUGUUAACAACCAGGCCAAGCUGGACGCAAAUUCGAAUCUCACUCUGAGACGACAGGUGUUCUAGAAAACAUACGCCAUGUGCGUAGGCUUUGAAGUGAAGACCUACCACCGUUAUAUCAAACCACAAGUAUUGUGGGGAGGAAAAAAAAAUCCAUUGACUGAAAAAAUGUCAACUUUGUGAGGAUUUUUGCUUAUUUUGGUCUGAAAAGGGAGACCGGUUGGCGGGAUAUUUAGUCACUGCACUAAGUUGUACCGCUGUUCAGGUCACCUUCUGGCUGUACAUGUACCAUUUUAAUGUAGUGUAUAUAGCAGAGGAUUUAUUGAGGAAUUUUAUGCAAUGUUGGAGAGAUUUUUUUCUUGGCAUUGUUCGAAUGAGUCGUUCAGCACAUUUAUGAUGGAUUUUUUUUUUUUUAUGAAACUCCUUGACUUUGUGAAGGACGUACACAUUUCAACAUCUCAUCAUAUUGUUUACUUCAACAUGAUUACCUUCGACCACAUGAUAUAUUACAUCAUGAAAAAAAUGAUGGUCCACAAGGAGUUGAGUUCUGACUGGCAUACAGCAGAAUAGGCUCGUAAAGUCCCGCCUCUCAAAGCUAUUAUAGCCAUACGAGUCAACAUAUUACAAUCAUUUGUACAAGAAUGUCACAGUCAAAAUAUUGACUCUUAUUGUCUCUGUGGAGAACUAAAUCCUGAGGACUCUGCACUGCAAAGAGCUCCUAAUCAGCCAGAUAGUCGCCAAAGGAGAUAAUAGCCAUACUUUCUUCGCAAAGUGGAAAUAAAAUAGCCAGUAUGACAAUGCUUUGUCAUCAAAUACCAAAAGACCACUAAAAGAGAGUACACCAGAUCGCGGUUGACAAGGCAAGGGAGAGGAAUGUCCAUGAGAGGUAAAUAGUCAAAAAAAAAAAAAAGAGAGCAACCUAUUAAAUAGUUUAAAAUGAAAUGAGCACUUUUUGAAAAGUCUGGCCAAAUCAAUGCAAAAAAUGCUAUUGUAUAGCAUUCAGUUUCCAAAGGAAAUUGUAUUAUGUACAGGUAGUCACGUAGAGUAAACGCACAACCAUAGCAUUGGUUAUCUUAAAUUGUGAGUCAUAAUAUGAACAUUAAAGAUACAAAUACACAUACAAUAUACUAAUGUACAAUGCAAAUAUUGCACAACACACAAACACAUAUAUAUCCGUAAUCAUAUUAAACUAUUUGCCCAUCCAAAGCUAACAGUAACAACAAAAUGGCCGAUGCAUGGUAUUUACAGCUGAAGUUGUUUCUCGGAGCGUUGUGAGUGAGCUUGGAAUAUUUCAAAGUGUCAAGGAAAUUGUCAAAUUAAACUAAAACGCAAAGACAAAUAAGUCUAGGAAUAUUUGCAAUCAAUCGCGCUAUUACAAGUUGAUGAGCAACCAUUGUCGCGUCAUUCUUCAUUUAAUUUAUUCAAGGUGUGUAAGUGGUGUUUACACAUUUAGUCAUUUUAGGAAGGACAAUUGAUGCUAUGCUAAUGAUGAGUUGAUGUGCAAUGUAUGUGCUUUACACUGGUUGUGGCGAGAUGCGUUUAUUUAGGACGGACUGGAAUGAGCAGAAUAUCAACCGAUUUAUCUCACGUUUGGGGGGGGGGUCAUAUAUUUUUGCUCUGACGUCAUGGCGUCACUCUGGUUGUUGAUGUCACAGUGGCAUAGAAUGCUGUUGGAUGUAGUAAUGCAGACAAGUUUUGGUGAAUUCAAACAAUAAAGAAGAAUUACAUUUC